UGGUCGGGCUGUUGCCCGAAGACCUAAUUAAAAGCAGGGACGCUUUUUUCAUUUAAAGUAUUGAACAAACAAAAGCAUCUGCCUAGAAGAUGAGCGGUAGUUCUAAAAAAGAAAAUAUACAUAUAUAAGAAGAAUAAUAAUAAUUAUUAUUAUUUUAAAAAUAAAUGAUAAGUGGUAGUUCUAAAUUAGAAAAUUUAUUAUUAAAUCACGCCCUUAUUUUAAAGCCAUGAACAAACAAUAGGGAUGGUGGCAAUGCCAUACACUUCAAACCAACCAUUCAGUGCAUGAACAGCAUUUGACCGGUAGAGGGCGCUAUGGUGUGCUUAGAACAAAAUGAUCGUUCCAGCAAACAAAGACUUAUCUAUAAGACAUGUUUGCGGUAACAACAAGAUAAUAUAUUUUAUCUUGCGCAGACUUACCAGGUAAAUAUCCAUUACAGUUUAAGUCUGCUGCCACCUAACGUCCAAAAAAGUCCCCCUAGCUGCAGAAUGACAUUCGCCCUGUCCUUAUCCGUAAUUCACGAGCCUCGAAGUGUGACGUCAGAUAUAGUGGCAAUGACUCACCUAUCCUUUCUUGCUUCAAGGCUGCUGAAUCGGACGACCAAUGUUUCUACAGUUCAUGUUUUUAUUCAGCUCUCAUAUAUAGAACUACCUCAAACCCUGCUAACGUUUUCUUUCUUAAAAAAAAACCCAUUCUAAUUUGAUGUAUAGCACCAGAAAUGUUCAAAGACUCUGUCAUCUCUAAUGAAAUACUCCAAGUGGUUCAGAGAGCGUUACCGGCCGGAGGUCAAACUCUUCUUGGACGAGGAUGACACCCGUCACUAUGACAGUCUGUCGUCUAACACACUUCCGUUCGGGUUCAAAGGUCAAAAUAAAACCGUUCUCAAUCAGAUGUUACUGCAUGAGAAUUUCACUAACCCAUCGAUUCACAAAAAGAAGGCAGGGAGCAAGACGGGGUGUGUCCGUUGCGCUGUGGUAGGGUGCGGUGGCAUUUUGAACGGCUCCGGAGCUGGCGAUGAAAUCGACAGUCACGAUUACGUCUUUAGAGUGAAUCGUGCUUUAACGAAAGAGAGAUUCGCCAACGACGUCGGAAAACGGACAACAUUUUACACCUUUUUCCCCGAGUCUCAAAACAUCAAGGAUGUCGAAGACAAGAAUGUUCUUCUGUUCUUUACGAUGUUUAAGACGUACGACGUAGAGUAUGGGUUGAACAUGAUUAAAGACGUCCCACCUCCACCUUACAUAUCCAGAGGAAAAGUGCAUCCAAUCCGCAAGCCCGCAUCAGAUCCACGGAGGUUAAAAAUCGUUCACCCCGAUUUUUUCAAAUACGUCUUUCACACUUAUUUAGAUGACAAAUCCGCUCGGCCAACUACAGGUGCGCUGGUCGUGGGCCUAGCCUUACAUGUAUGUGAUGAGGUGACAAUAUAUGGGUUUGGCUACGACCCACGCUUCACCAUGCACUACUACGACACCAAGUUUGUCACCCAUACACAAGCAUCGACGGGGUCUCAUGACGUGGACAACGAACGAAUGCUCUGGAUGAAACUGCAUGAUGAGGGCGUUAUCAGACUUUUCAAAAGAGACGUUUGAACUUUGGGAAUCGUUUUCCUUAAUAUAUCCCUUUUAAAAUAUGUCCCUUUUGUAUUUUAAUAUUUUCUCUUUCAUUCAGACUCGGGAGCUACACGGAUACAGUUUUGGGCAAUGUUUAUAAAUAGAUUAAGGUGUAUACAUUAUGCAACACUUUACAGAUCUAUGUUGUUCAAGCUUACGUCUUUUAAACGUUUGCCCGAGCCCCAUCCCCAGCAUUGGACGUUCCAGAUCCCGGUGUCAAAGACAAAUCUACCCCCCAUGCUCUUAUAUAGCGCACAGAUCCUUAGGUGCUAGAUCGAGGCACUUGUGGAGAGGUGGAACAUUGGGUUAGAAUCGAUACAAUGGAAGACUUUGGAACGCUAGGUGGCAGCAGACCUACCAUUGUUUACGUAGUUUUGAACAUGGGCACAUACAUGGCCGAGAACAAUAGAAUGGUAAGUCUGCUAAGUCCCAAAAGUCCCCCAUUGGCAACACUUUACAGAUCUAUGUUGACGCCGGUUGAGCUGACGUUUUAUAAACAUUUGCCUCGGCCGAAAAAGGGUGACGAUUCAAUAGAAGUUUGACCACAGUUCGCCAUGUGGGGAACACGGAAUCUCCUGCCACACCGGUCGAGGUAACGUCUUUAAAACAUUUUGCCCCAUCUUCAUACAUUUGAUGUCACAUUUCGUGAAAUGUACCAGAUACAGGUGUGCAGGGAGAAGUUCUACCCACCCGGAGAUUCUGCCCCCGUUGAACUGUGUUCAAACUUUUUUUGAAAGCGCCCUCCUUUGAAUAAGAACAGGGAGAAUUUCCAUGGAUUGGUAUAAACAGACGAAUGUUGAAGACAGGAGGCCAAUCUUUUGCAAUGGCGGGGAUUUUGCAAGGCAACAAGGUUUUUUUUUUUUUUUUUGGGGGGGGGUCUUUUGAUGAGCCCGUAGGCCUUUAGCUCCAUUUUCAAAAUUCAUAUUUAUUUAAUAAAUUAAUAAUUCUAUAAAAACUUGUUGCAUAGUGCAAACAAUGUAACUCAUUGUGAUAUUUUUAAGCUGCUCUGCAAAAUCCAUCGAAAGUGAACAAUCUCCCAUAUUCACCUGACAACUCAACAUGAAAUGAUUAUUGGCAGAACCUUUUAAUAACAUUUUAAAUAGUACCCAUUGUAUUCACUGGGCAUACUCAUUAAAAUUAGAUGGGUGAGAAUUGACCAGGAUUCCCAGAUUCCGAGACUAAUUUCUUGGUUCAAUUUGACAAAGAUUUCCAGGUCAUAUUGACCCAAAAAGUGGGUCAGGCCCUAUGGAUUCCGGAUCCGUGUUCUUAAUGACCCGGAAGUUUUAGAGUGUUAGGCAAAGUUUGUAAAGAAGAUUUUUGAAAAAACAAAACCUCUGGGGUCGAUUUCACUAACGCGUUUUGGUCAUCGCAAACGCCGAAAUCGAUCG